AUGACAUCUAAAUCACCAAAUAAAGGUGUAAAACAAACAAAGUCAUCAACAACAACAACAACAAACUAUGAUCAUUACUUUAGAUAUUUGAAUCUAGCUGUUUUAUGUACAGCAUUGAAACUAUUGCUUAUUCCAACAUAUACAAGUACAGAUUUUGAAGUUCAUCGUAAUUGGUUAGCAAUAACAUCAUCAUUACCAGUUUCGAAAUGGUAUAUUGAAGCGACAUCAAUAUGGACAUUGGAUUAUCCACCUUUCUUUGCGUGGUUCGAAUAUACAUUAUCAUUGUUUGCUAGAUUGUUCGAUGAGAAAAUGCUAGUAGUUAGCAAUCUAAACUAUAUAUCAGAGAGAACUUUAAUAUUCCAGAGACUCUCUGUUAUCAUUACAGAUCUACUAUUCUACAUUUCAUCAUAUCUAUUAUCUCAAUCAUUAUUCUCAUCUAAUAACAACACCAACAAUAACAGUAAUAACAACAAUCAACAAGAAUCAACAUCAUUCUAUAAAGAUUCCAAGUUUAUUGUAUUUGCAAUUUUAAUUUGUAAUCCAGGAUUGUUAAUGGUAGAUCAUAUUCACUUCCAAUAUAAUGGAUUCCUAAAGGGUAUAAUGUUAUUAUCGAUCUACUUUAUGUCAACCAAUAGACCAUUGCUAGGUGGAUUGGUAUUUGCAAUUCUCUUGAACUUUAAACAUAUCUAUAUGUAUUUGGCACCCGCUUAUUUCACCUACUUACUGCUAUACUAUUGUAUUGCAAGAGGUAUCAAUUUUAUGAAGUUUAUUGGAUUGGGUGUAACUGUGUUGGUCGUUUUUAGUGUUUCAUUGGGACCAUUCAUUUACUACGGACAGAUUCCACAGCUUCUAUCUAGACUGUUCCCAUUUGGCAGAGGUCUAACACAUGCCUACUGGGCACCAAACUUUUGGGCAUUCUACAAUUUCGUUGACAGAGUUGCAAUCAUGGUGAAAUCUAAAUACUUUGGAAUCGAUAUGUCUGCCGAGGCGGGUAUGCUCACCUCUGGUUUAGUAGACAGUGAUACACAAGCACAUGUAAUUCUACCUGCAAUCACACCAUUAAUAACAUUAUUAAUCACUAUCAUUUCAUUAUUGCCAUCACUUUAUGGUAUUAUAAAGUCUAAUAAACUUAGAGUAUUCAUAUUGGGUGUUACACAAUGCUGUUUCUCAUUCUUUAUGUUUGGAUGGCAUGUUCAUGAGAAAGCAAUCAUCAUGGUAACCAUUCCACUUGGAUUAUUAGCAUUAGAUUCAAUUGAAUUGGCUAGAAUCUACUUUGUAUUAUCUACUAUUGGUCAUUACUCAUUAUUCCCACUACUAUUCCAAAGUACGGAAAUACCAAUUAGAAUCGCAAUAUUGCUUACAUAUACACUUGCAUUGUAUUUGGCAUUGCAAUCAAAGUUAGACAACAACGAUCAAUCAAAGAGAUUCAGUUUAACACGAUUGGAAUUGUUAUAUGUCAUCGGUAUCAUUCCACUCGAGAUCUUUAAUAUUUUCAUUCAUCCCGUUUAUCUAGCGGCAAGACUACCUUUCCUAUCGUUGAUGUUGACUUCCAUCUAUUGUUCAGUAGGUGUACUCUAUUGUUAUAUUCAAAUAAUGAUACAAAUCUUUAAAACUAAAUAA